AGGUGCCCUGAAAAAAUUACAGGACCUUACGAAGAUGAUCCAGCACCGACAUCUCUUGUCCCUGGUGCAGGAUAUCAUAAACGUUACAAUCGAUCCAGAUGCUGGUGCAGAAAGUGGGAGUUGGAUUGGUGGGUGGAAAUUGGAACUGCAGCAUGCUCUCAAGACUUUUGGAGGCUGAACAAAAGAAAGUUCAAGUUCUUUGAGCUAAUGGUUGCAUGGGGUUUUUGCCCCCAUGUACAUGAGCUAGCUGCAUCAGCGGCGAGGUCACUAGCGAUGGGGAAAUGUGAUGUUGCAUUGGUGCUUGGUGCAAGACUUAAUUGGUUGUUGCAUUUUGGCGAACCUCUAAAGUGGGCUAAGGAUGUGAAUUUUGUGUUAGUUGACAUAUGUAAGGAAGAGAUUGACAUGAGGAAGCUGAGUUUGGUUUGA